AGGAGGAGCCGUGCGCGGCGGCUGCGGCCGCCCGGGAAGCCGAGCGCCGGGGCGCAGGGAGCUCGGGAGCCUAGAGGUGGCCCGAGCCGGGGCCGCGGGCCGAGCUGCCGAUUGGCCAACGGCUCGUUUCAACCCUGCCUCGUUGGUGGCCACUGGAGAAGCGCGGGGGGCUCCCCAGACAGCCGUGGGGACAAUGGUCGAGGGGAGCCACUUUGCAUCAUGUCCCGGUAUAGCUACCAAACUCUUCUGGACUGGCUCUAUGGGGGCGUGGACCCCAGCUUUGCAGGCAAUGGGGGCCCCGACUGUGCUGCCUUCCUCUCUUGGCAGCAGCGGCUGCUGGAAAGUGUGGUGGUCCUGACCCUGGCCCUGUUGGAGAUCCUGGUGGCCCUGCGGCACAUCCUGAGGCAGACGAAGGAGGACGGUAGGGGUGGCCAUGGCUGCCAGCCAGAGCAGGUGACCCAGCGGCCAGAGGAAGGCAAGGAGAGCCUGAGCAAGAAUCUGCUCUUAGUAGCCCUGUGCCUGACCUUCGGGGUGGAGGUGGGCUUUAAGUUCGCCACCAAGACUGUCAUCUACCUGCUCAACCCCUGUCACCUGGUCACCAUGAUGCAUAUUUUUCUCCUGGCCUGUCCUCCAUGUCCGGGAGCUACCGUGGUCUUCAAGCUACAGAUGCACAUGUUGAAUGGAGCUCUUCUGGCCUUGCUGUUUCCUGUGGUAAAUACCCGGCUGCUCCCCUUUGAAUUGGAGGUAUAUUACAUUCAGCAUGUUAUGCUCUACGUGGUGCCCAUCUACCUGCUUUGGAAAGGAGGUGCUUACACCCCAGAGCCCCUCAGCAGUUUCCGGUGGGCCCUUCUCUCAACUGGCCUCAUGUUCUUUUAUCACUUCAGCGUCUUACAGAUACUGGGCCUGGUCACCGAAGUGAAUUUGAACAACAUGCUGUGUCCGGCCAUCUCAGACCCAUUCUACGGCCCCUGGUAUCGCAUCUGGGCCUCGGGACACCAGACUCUCAUGACCAUGACCCACGGGAAGCUGGUCAUCCUGUUCUCAUACAUGGUUGGGCCCUUGUGUAAAUAUCUGCUGGAUUUGCUCCGGCUUCCAGCCAAAAAAAUAGACUGAAGGUGCUUUUUUUUUCUCCCUGAGGAAACAAGUCCUGACUUGACUUGGAGAACACCCAGUUCUUAAUGAAAUCAUGGGAGAGGGCAGUAGGAUAUUUGGUGUAUUUCCUUUUUCCUUUUCUCUGUCCCUUUCUUCCACCACUCUUCCUUCCCCAGCUCUUCCUCCCAGGAUGUCACCUGGAACCUGAGGUGUAGUGCUGAUGGCUGGAUUUGUCCUCCUCCCCUUUGCUCUUUCUUCCUGCUCCCAGUGGCCUUACAUGGAGAGACAGUAGUCAGUAGCUUUCACGCUGCUUGUUGGUGCUUUAACAACAGCUGGUUGAGGAUAAAGGGAACAACAAGCAGUAGUUCUUUUGGAAUCACAGUGAUGAGAUUGGUUGCAUUUCAUUUCUCCACUGCCAGGGACCUACAGAUUUAUGCUGGGGUCCCCUUUUGUCUCCAGCAUAGCCCCCACCAUAAGGGGACUGAGGCCUUGUUUCUAUACCAGCGGCAAGCCAAGAGCCAAGGGACUUCCCAGCUCAUGGCCAAAAUAGAACUGGCCAGAUUCUUCCCAUUGGUGUCCCAUGACUCAAAGCAAGCAGCCAACCAGCCAUUCUCCAGGGGCUGCCUGCAGUGGGAGGUGGAGCACUACCCAGCCCAAAGCCUUGCCAUUGAGGAGGAUAGAGAGCUGUUGCAGUGGCAAAUCCAAAGUGAACAAGGUUAAAAUGCCCACAACUAAUACUAAGCAGGACCCUGGGUACAUUCUGCCAGUGGAGCUGAGAACUGAUCCAUAUUCCAAUCAGAAGUGAGCAUAGAAAUUAAUCAACAGAAGUGGUAACUUGAGAAAAUAGUGAUUUGAAUCAUAUGCUCCAGUUUAGUAGUUUAAUGUUGAUAAUAGAUUCCUCUUUAAUAUUGAGUGCCCCUUAAAUAUUCUCUUUCUCUUUCUCUCUUUUUAAAGGCAGCUUCAGGGAAGGAUGAGCUAGAGUUUUGUUUUUUGUUUUUUUGUGGGGUUUUGUGGUGUGUUUUUUUUUUUUUUUUUUUGCCUGUUGCCUUUUGUUUAUUUGCUUGCUCAUUUGUUUUGCCGUGUUUGAGUUUGGAGAAUCCUUUCAUCAGGGCCUGUCUCUAGAGGGGCUCUUGUCAAAUAUUUUGUGGUCUUACAGGAUAUGUCAGCAUCCAGGUUUGGAAAAGAUACAGAUCCAGCUGGUAUUGUUUCCCUAGGUCCAGAUGUCGUCACUGUAGCCAGACUCAGUGCUGAAUUGUUUAGCUUGGGAAUCAGCACAUGCUCCCCACCCCAAAGCCCAUGCCUAGAUUGAAAGGGAGGUAUCAAGGAAUCAAGUCCCCAUGGGUGGAGAUUCACGUGCUCCAAAUGGAAGACCUUUUGUUGAAAAACUUGAGCUCAGUCAUGCAUGGAUCUCAAAAAGGGAAACAGUAGCUUGGCUUUUGCUGAUUUCUUGUUAGCUCAUACUAAGAACAGAUUUGCUUAACAGAAAAGAACCCUAGCUGGUGUGGCUCAGUUGGUUGAGCUUUGUCCCAUGCACUAAGAGGUCAUUGGUUUGAUUCCCAGUCAGGGUACAUGCCCAGUUUGCAGGCUCGAUCCCCAGUAGGGGGCAUGCAGGACACAGCUGAUCAAUGUUUCUCUCUUUCCCACCCUUCCUCUCUCUCUCUAAAAAAAAAAAAAAAAAAACAUUAAAAAUAAAAAGAACAGAAAAGAUGGUUCAAUGACUUCCUCUGGUGAGCCUCCCCUCCCAUCUCCCCCUCUAGGCAACCCAUUUGCUUUGGGCCUGUUCCAAUAAUUCAGGUGUUACUGUAUUAGAUGUAGAUUGAGCUUUGGUGACUCAAUGAUCAUGAUUUUAGCAAAUUGACCUACAGGAAGCAGUAGAAUGUAGGAGAGUCUCUGAGUAAGGUGAGGCCCAGAGAAGCAAUCAUGGCUUUGCAGAGGCCUGCUGGCACUGAGGUGAUCAAUCUCCAGGGGUUGGGGAAACAGGAGGCAGAAAACUGGGUACCCUUAGUUCCCAUGAGCUCCUCAUGACAUGUACUCUUCAUUUUGUGCUAUCUUUGCAAGUUUUUUCUUAGUGUCUCUAAGAAAAGUUUUUCUUAGUGUCUCUCACCCUAGGGUUGCCUUCCAGAAGAGGCACCUUUUGAUUGGCUUGAUUUUCCUUGCCCACCAUCAAACUGCUGUGUGUAGAAUGGGAUGAUGAGGAAAUGUGCAAGGCCUCAGUGCCCCUCGGCCUCUUCACAAAAGGAAAAGUUGGAGGGAUGUCAUGGGUGGAGCCCUUGAGGGCCUGUCCUGUUCCCUACCAGUACAUGGAAUCUUUGUAGGCAGAUGAUGUACCUCAGCUGGCCACAGUGGCAUAAGUGACUCUGAAUGAGCUCUCUUUCUCUCUGUCUGUGUGGUAUGGCACAGGUUGCCAGUCAGCCUGAGCUUUUCCUGCAUUGGCAUGCUUCUAAAAGCUUGCCUUUGCUCUGGCUACAGCUCACUGUUCUGAUCUGGCUGGCAUUUUCUGCUUCUUGGAAGAAAAGAAGAGAGUGAAAGCCAUGUGCCUGCUCUGGCCAGGCCAGAGACAGAUACACCUGUCAGGGGAAGGAGGAAGUGAAGGGGAGAUGCAAGGUUUCUGGGGGCCAGGUUGGCUCAGAAACAUGUAGGUAGAAGGAACAGAGAGUGAGCCUAGUCCAGAAGUUCCACAGGGAGUCAGGGACUGUGUUUGAGAUGUUAGGGAGCAGCAUGCAUCUGAAUUGGUCUGUACCUCACUCUUAAAGGUAACCUGGCCAGAACCACAGCAGCCUGCCUGGAGGGUGGCGCCCUUACCAAUGGGCCCAGACUGCCUAGCUCCUCCCCAGAGCUUUCCUUUCAGUGCCAAGGAGGUUCCCCAACCACCCUAGCCAAGUUUCCAUAUGUCAUUAACCAGCAUGUGGGAGCUUGGUGUGUGUCUGAGAGAGUGUUUGUAGAAGUGGACAGUUGCUUUUAAAACAGCCCUAAGAAGAGAAGUGAGUGUUCCCUCAAGACCCUGGGUAGCCGUGGCCAAGAAUCUGGGCCAAUGAAAACAGUCUGGUCAGCUGCCCAACUUGUGGCAUCAGCUCAUAAUAGCAGAAAUAUGGACCUUCUGCUUGUGGUCUCAGUAUUUGGUUUUGUACACCAAAAAUGAUCUGGCCCAUCUUCUUCCCAUUGAUGCAUACCUCUGUGUGCUUGUGAGAGAAGCACAGACUCAGUCUCCCCAAGUCAAUAUUCUCUCUUUUUCCUUGAACUUCCUAGAAUGCACAGAAGCUGCUUGCAGGGUGGUUAGGAUGUGCGGAGUGGUCGGCACACUUUACCAUCUAGUACCACAAGUCUAGGUAUCAGAUCAUCUCUCUUGCCACAGCCUAAGCCAGAGCUUUGCUAUUUGUGCUUAUUGGUAAUUCAAUGUUUUGGGGAGUGGGCAUAGCUCCUCACAAAUAACAAGUUGUCAGCAGGUUUCCUGGCACUGGUGUUGGGGCUGGGUGGUGCCCUGGACGUAAGCUGGGUGGCUCAGUGUGUGAACGAAGGCCCUUCCUCCCACUCCCUUGGCCAAAAUGACUUCCCUGGAUUUGUAGAUAUUGAUCCAGAUUCAUCUGUCCUCUUUGGAAGACUGAAGAGGAGGUAUUGGAGGAGAAAAGAAGGGUAGAUGCAGGGUAAGAUGCAAGUGCAGUGCUGGUUUUGGUAAAUCUGGAGCAGGCAUAAGAGAGGGGUUCCCGCAGGCCCUCUUAUGCUUCUUGUCAAGGCUCCAGCCUGAGAAGGAGGCUUCCUGCUGCAUGCCCUGCCUGCCCUCUGGAUGGUGGGUAGAGUCCUGACAGGCAGUGAGCCUUCCUCUUCUGUAUAUAGACUGAGCCAGUUUGUGCUCAGGAAAACCUAGUCAUUUGUUGUUGAUCUUGUCUGUGACGUUUUGUACAGUGGAUUGCUACUGAGUGGCACGAAACAAAACAAAAGUCGUUUUAAGCAAAGCUCUUGUUUUGGAAAUUUGCUUUCUUUUGGUGUCAGUUUUGUAUUAUAUUUUAAAGAAUUCUUCAUUUUUAUUGGUGUUAUUGUGGUAUAGAGAAUAGGAUAAUCUGAUCUGUAAUUAUUUCUGCCAGAAAAUUGGCAAAUGACUCUUUCCCUCUUACUGCCCCCCUUUCCCCAUCCUUCCUCAUUCCCAAGGCAGAUUGCUAUGCACUGGGCAGACCAUCCCUAUCAUCACUCCUUCCCCUCUAUGACUCCCUUUAGGACCAGUCUUUCUAAUCCCUUUAAACAGCAGCAGGGUGAGUAUUUUUGCCAAGCUGGUUCUUGGGUGCUCUGUGCCCCCACCAGUUUGCUCACCUCUUGGGGCAUUUUAUAACAUGUUUUCCCUGUUUUCUAUAGCCUUUUUAUUGUACUGAAAUGGUUUCUGCAAUCACCUUUGGAACUAAUGGUCAUUAAUUUGUGUACUUGGCAUUCUGCAUUUUAGUCUUAGGUGUUUUUAUUGUUGAAGAUCCCUGAAUGGAAAGGAACCCUCACCAUGGGACUUGCUGUUACAAUGUUUUCUUCAUUUACUGUUAUUAAAAGAUUUAUGAGAA